AAGUGAGGAGUUUUGUAUGGAGGUCAACGAGUGUCGAAUUUGGUCAACAAAAAAUGUAAUCGCUCAUUUGCGACGUGAGACUUAUUUGAUCGAAUUGAAGUUUAGCAAUGGUUAGUUUGUUACGAAUGCACUGAUAUAAGUGAACGAGCGUGGCAUUCCGGCAACUUUUGGGGAAAAAACUACUUUUAUCGGAGUUGCACCGACUGAGGGGGUUGUGCACGUUGAUCACACGCGUAUCUGCCCUCUUAUUGGCUAGAAUGUUCCAACUGAUUUCGCCUCCUCCCGCCUGCCUUCCAUCUUUGAGGACAUGUAUUUCCAUUGUUAGAGCGGUCACUGACUGUCUUGUCAAUAUAAUAUAACACCUUUGGGGAUAUCAUGGGAGGUGUGAAGCAGGAGCAGAAUGAUGGACCACCACCAAGAGGCAUGCCGUCCUCUGAUGCAGCACACGAAGAGCAUAUCCGUUCUCUUUCUGUACAGCCUGUGAAGAAGAGGGGUUGGCCAAAGGGUAAGAAGAGAAAGAAGGUUUUGCCCAACGGUCCCAAGGCACCAGUGACUGGAUAUGUGCGCUUUCUGAAUGAACGACGAGAGCAGAUCCGUGCCAAGUACCCUGACCUGCCCUUUCCAGAAAUUACCAAGAGGUUGGGUGCAGAGUGGAGCUGCUUAGCACCUAAUGACAAACAGCGCUUCCUGGAUGAGGCGGAGCGAGAAAAGCUGCAGUAUGCCCGGGAGCUGAGAGAAUACCAACAGAGUGAGGCCUAUCAGAUCACCAGUGCCAAGAUCCAGGACAAGAAGGUCAAGAGAGAGGAGUCUCCAUCUGUCAUUAUCAAUGCCAACAGUUCUGGAUCAGCUGCUCUGAAGGGUUCAGACUACCUGUCCAACAGAUUUGAUGUUCCAAUAUUCACAGAGGAGUUCCUGGACCAGAACAAGGCCCGGGAAGCAGAGCUGCGGCGUCUACGCAAAGCCAACGUUGAGUUUGAGGAGCAGAAUGCCGUGCUGCAGAAGCACAUAGCAGACAUGUACAGCGCCAAAGAGAGACUGGAAGCUGAACUGGGGCAGGAUGAGCUCCGGACGCAGGCCUUACACAGGCACCUGCUGGCCAUCAAACACACCCUCGUCAGCAGUCUGUCCACUGUGGCCCUGCCAGGCACAGGAGAGACCCCCUCUCUUGGUACCCUGGACUCUUACCUGAGUCGCCUGAGUGGUACUCUGGAGAGCAACCCUCAUGAGCACCGUGCCUUGCUGACUCAGCUUCGCGAUGUCCUUUCUCACCUGGACAGUGAGAAGCUAUGAUGGGACCUCCACGCCCAUUCUGACUUGAUGUGGAUCCUGGAUGGUAUAACAACAGGUCAUAUCGGUGCCCUUCAGUGUAGUCAUGGGAUAGAUAGGAUGUCUUUCUGAUGUAACAGACAAAUUACAAACUGAUAAAACACAAGGUUCAGUCUAUAUAGCAUUACUCUGUGGUAUACAGAGUAAUAUAUAAAUUGAUUAAAUAAAGAAAAUUCCUCAGCAAUCCCCACACCCCCUAAUUGCAAGGUGAGUUCCUAGAAUUGUUUUGCAAAUGUAUAAAAACAUUUUUUUAAAGAUAAUUUAUUUACAUAUGUAUUCAGACCCUUUGCUAUGAGACUUGAAAUUGAGCUCUGGUUUUUCCUGUUUCAAUUGAUCAUCCUUUUAAA